AUGUCGCAACCAACUGGCAUGUUCAGCGUGCGCAGGCCUCGCGAGACCCUGGGCAACAUCCAGAACUUCUCUGGCAUCCCUCAGCCCGCUUCUGCUGUGAAGCGCACUUCCUCUAGUAAUGAGCUGCGCAAUGUCCCAUACACUGCUUCUCAUAUCCGAUCUACCUCCAUCAACCAGAACAUGCAGCGACCUGCUCAGCCAAACUUUCAUCGAUCAUCCUCGGGGGGAAAUCUCGCAGAUAUGGGAAUGUCAACAGCCCGACGAUCCGCCUCGACGAACAUUUUUGCAGGAGGACACACAGGCAGACAGAGUCUUGCUCCCAAUCAGCUCUUUGGUUCACAGACGCCGGCUUCACAGAGUCUACAGAGACGAAGCAGCAUUUUCUCAAGGCCCUCAGGCCAUGCGCCAGUGGCGCAUCAAUCUUUCUUUUCGCAGCCACCUGUCCCAGCUGGGCUCCCCAAAGAUCCCCGACCAUUGAGAGAUUCGUCGUAUAGAGCGCGACUAAGCCAAGAACUGUUGGACUACUUGACCCAAAACAACUUCGAGCUGGAAAUGAAGCAUUCAUUGACACAAAACUCAGUCAAGUCUCCCACUCAAAAGGACUUUACUCUCAUGUUCCAAUGGAUAUAUCGCCGCAUUGAUCCUGGAUACAAGUUUCAAAAGAGCAUCGACACCGAGGUUCCUCCAAUCAUGAAACAAUUGCGAUAUCCAUACGAGAGAGAUAUCACCAAAUCCCAUCUAGUUGCUGUCGGUGGUCAGAAUUGGCCACGUUUCCUCGGGCUACUCCACUGGAUGAUGCAGCUAGCACAUAUGCUGGACAAUUUCUCCAGAGGUGCUUACGAUGAUGCGUGCGCGGAAGCUGGAGUUGACGUGGGUAGUGACCGGAUCGUCUUCAGAUUUCUCUUUGGAGCUUACCAGGACUGGCUACAAAUGGGCCCAGAGGACGACGAGGAGAGUGAAGAGGCCGCUCUACAGCCACAUAUGUUGGCAAUGGCAGAUGAAUUUCAGAGAGUCAACGCAAAACAUGUGGAUGAGCUCAAGCUUUAUGAAGCCGAACAUGAGGCACUCAAAGCGCAAGUAGAAGAAUUCGAAAGAAAUGCACCUGAUGUUGGCAAACUCGACAAACAUUUCAAAAUCCUCGAGGACGACAAGAAGAAAUUUGAGGAGUACAAUCUCAAUGUCCAGACCAAGAUUGAAAAAUACGAUUCAAGGAUUAAAAUCCUCGAGGCCGAGAUCCAGAAAGUCGAAGCAGACCUCCAAAUGGUUGAGCAAGAACGGCACAGUCUCCAACAAUCGGUGGACCGACAAGGCCUGAACAUUCAAGACAUCGAUCGUAUGAACACCGAACGCGAUCGACUGAGCAAGAGCCACGAGGACGCUCUCGCCACUCUGGACGAGGUAAACAAGAAAGUCCUCGAGAAGGAAGCCGAAACCGCACAAAAGCUCGAAGACCUUGAAGCAAUCGUCAAACGCUACAACUCACUAGGCUACCAACUAUCCCUUAUACCCUCCACCGCACACAACGCCAAGGGUGCCUCAUAUGAGCUCAGCCUCAACAUCUCGGAAAAUCCCGUCUUCUCCUCCUCUCAACAAUCUCGCCGCCGCACAAGCCCAAACUCGUCGUCCGACCGGCUCCUCUCCUCCCCCAACGUCGGCUACUCGCCAAUCCACCUCCUCAACCUCGACCUGCGCGGCCAAGUGCGCAACACAUUCAUCACACUCCGCAAGGACAUCAACGAACGGCGCAAGGCGGCCGCAGACGCCGACCUCAACGCGCGCGACUUUCUGGACAACAUCUCUGAGGCGCUGCACGAGAAGAAUACCGAGAUCGACAACCUCAACUACCGCGUCAACGAGGCCAGCCACGCGUACAACGCGCUCAAAGAGAGCAACAACACAAUUUACACGCAGCAGACCUCCGCGGUCGAGAAACUCGAGAAGGAGCUCGCCAGGAUGCGAGAGGGCUUGGAGCGUGGUGUCGUUGAGCUCGAGCAGCGCGAGAUGGAGGUCGGUGUGGCCUGGGAGGCUAUGCGCGAGGAGGCGGCGCGCGUAAGGGAGGAGCUGCAUUCGGGGAUUGAGCGAUGUCUCGAGGAUGUGAUUAGAUUCAAGGUGCAUGUGCAGAAGGGCCUGGAGGAGUUCGAGGGCUGGGUUGGUGAUGAGGUUGAGCUGGAGCUGCUGGGCGACGAGAUGGAGGGCUUGGCUGUCAACGAGAGUGAGCACGCUGAUGAUGACGCGGAUGCCCGUUGA